AUGAGCGUAAUUGACGGCACCGUGUGCGCUCUUGAUAAACUGAAAUCCACGGAGGAGAAGAAGAUGAACGGUAUGAAUACCCACGUCGUCAUGGACAGCGCCAAUUGUUCCAAGCAGCUGAAAUUUGGCGUGGACCGUAUACUGUCGAACGAGAUCUGCGCGAAGAAAACUGAUGUGCUUAAGCCACUUCCGAUUCAACUGCCGUCGAUACGUUGCCCCUGUGUCGGAAGUUGCGGAAGGUGCGAAGCUUUCAGAGCUUGCGCAUCAUUUCCGCACGCCCACUCGUCAUUACCUGAAGGUAUCACACCUGCAUCUUAUACCGGAAUAAUGGAGAGCUUAGGGACUUUAUACCGGCCGGCGCCGUUACGUCCCGUACCAAGAGCACCAAUUUCAUCCUCCUCGACGAUGAACUCCUCAGAAACCAGCACGCGCAGGAAGAGAUCAUGGUCCAGAGCUGUGUUCAGUUCGUUGCAGCGGAAAGGCUUGGAGAGGCGGUUCUCUUUGCAAAAGUACAUCACGAAACCCGACCGACGACAAUUGGCGGCAACUUUAGGCUUAACCGAUGCACAGGUCAAGGUUUGGUUUCAAAACCGUCGGAUGAAGUGGCGACACACGAGGGAAAGCGAAAACGUUGCUUUAGCCGGCCCGGACUCCACGCAGAAGGAUUUUCCUCAGAAAGUGGUGAAACCUGCUACCAAUGGUACGACGCAGCAAGAGGACGAGGAGGACAUAGAGAUCGACGUGGAUUUAUGA